AUGCUUCGGGCCUCUUUGCGGUCUGUCUCAGGCCCUUCGCGCCGCCAUGUUUGCCUCUCCUGUAUAGCUCGCCACGGGGCGCCUAUCCUGCGCCAGUUCCAUUAUCUACCUGCGCUCCGUGUCCAUACGAGUGAGAGCAAGCCGGAAAAUGAAUCCUUUGACGCGUCGAACGAGCCUCCGUUCCAAGUACCGCGCAAUGAUCAAACCCCAGAGAAAAAGCAUGCCGAUAUUCCGGGAAAGAAACAGUCUAUGGACCUCGCUACAUGGGAUGGUUUAACUCAAUCACAAAAGCUCCAAUGGAUGCGAACGAACGAACAUGAGUAUAAGAGAUUCAGGAAUCAACAUAGAUCCCCGGAAAGGCGACGUCUGGCGCCAAGGCACACAGAGAUGCAGGCGAGAUCGUGGUGGAUGAAACAAAAAUCGAAAGGGCGAGAAUCGGCAGAGUCGGGAGAGCCACAGUCUGAGCCAGCAAAGUCUGAAGCACCGUCUGAGGCACAGUCUGAAGCUGCGUCCGAAGUACCGUCCGAAGCACCACAGUCUGAGAAAGAAGAGUUCUUGAAGACUUGGCAGUCGAAAUCGAAGUCAAAAGUAGGGAAAAACGCCCAACUUGCCCAUACGAAGCUGCUGGCAGCGAGAGAGGGAAGCGAAACCAAACAGGCGCGGGCAGCGAGGUUAAAAGGUCUAGCCGAGCGACAGGCAGCAAGAAAGGAAAAAGAAGCCAGGCUGGAGGCAGCCAGAGCACUCAAUUCCGAGAAAGCAGCAAUACCGGAAGUCGAAGUUGAUGUUGGAACGUCGGAGAGUAAAUCUCAACCCCAACCCGAGAUCUCGACAGACUCUGCAGCAGAAUCAGCAGGAUCGGAGAAGCUCGCCACGGACGCCCCUGAGGGUUCGGAAACCACGUCUCCCACUGAGCCGUCCAAGACCAAGAAAGCAUCCAAGAAAGCAGCCAAGAUACCCCAGGACAGCGGGUGUCUCUCCGCAGACAAACACUCGUUGCAACCGAUUGAUGCUCCCAUGUCCCCUGUUCCGAACGUCUCCUUUGGUCUCGACCGCGUGCUUUUCAAUCCCGGUGUCUAUCAACUACGUGACUACCGGUCUCGAGUGUACAACUUCGACCCAUAUCUAGACAAAAUCAUGCCCGUGUCCGAAUUCGACUUUGACACCCUGAAGCCGUACAUUACUUCGUCCAAAGACGUUAUCGCCCUCGAAAUGGCCGCAAAGCAGAAAAAGAAGUACUACGGCUCGUCCUCCAGCAUGACUUCCGUCCUCUCCCACUUCCAUUUCCUCCUAUCCGCUUGGCGGCCAAUCGACACUCGCCGUCUCUCCCAGGGUUUCUCAGACAACCUGCGCAGCUACACCCGUCUCCUUCGCGCGCCAACUGCCAUGUUCCUCCACUACAAGGAAAAAGAGGGCGUCUACGCCAUCGAUGCAGACAAGGAAUACGACAGCGCCAACAUUCUCAUGAACCUAGGCAAAUCCAUGGAGAAGCUCCUCACCCUGCCCAAGCAAGAAUUCGAGCGCUACCGCCGCACAAGUCAAAACAAGAUCACACCCGAAGAAGAAGAAACCGUCCCGGAGUCCUACCACUACACCGGUCUGGGUAAAUUCCUCAUGCGCUCCCAGCUCGACGCCUACGACCCCAGAUUACCGGGAACGGGCAUGUUCGACCUGAAAACGCGAGCGGUAGUCUCCAUCCGCAUGGACGCAAUGAACCACGAGCGAGGAAUGGGCUACGAAAUCAAAUCCCGCUACGGGCUCUUCGAGUCCUUCGAACGGGAGUACUUCGACAUGAUCCGCUCCGCCUUCCUCAAGUAUUCCCUGCAAGUGCGCGUCGGCCGCAUGGACGGCAUCUUCGUCGCUUACCAUAACAUCGAGCGCAUCUUCGGCUUCCAAUAUAUCAGUCUGCCGGAAAUGGACCAGUGUCUGCACGGCCAAUCGGCCACCAACCUCGGCGACAGGGAAUUCAUCCUAUCGCUAGGUCUGUGGGAGAAGAUCAUGGACAAGGCGACGAAGAAAUUCCCGAAGAAAUCACUACGCUUCCACUUCGAAACCCGCGACGGAAAAGAGCCUUAUAUGUACAUUAUCGCGCAGCCCGUUACCGACGAGGAAAUCCACGCCAUCCAGACAAAGAACCAGGACGAGAUCGAGGCUAUUCAGAAAAAGCUCUUCAACCCGGACCCGGAGCAAAAGACUGAAGCCGGAAAGGAAUCAUCCGAUGUCGACUCUGACAAACCCGUCGCCGAUCCCAUCAUGGAUUCAGAAUACGAUAAACACUCCGCCGGCCAGGAAGCCGAGAUCGACAUCGACGCAGAAGGUGAAUCCGACCUCGACGCAGAACCCUCAGCUGAACACGAAGUCGAAAUCGAAUCAGAGCUCGACCCCGAAACCCCAGCCGAAAUCGACCUAGACGCUGAAACCCACGAAUCCGAAGGCAUCGAACUAGAAGAGUACCUCGAAAACAUGUCCAAGAAAUCAUCCACCUCCCCAGAAACCGAAGUCGACACACCAGCCGAGCAAGACGAAUACUUCGAAGACCUCCUCGCCAUGACAUUGAAAAUAACCAACAAAGUCAACGGCGAGCCCGUGGAACGUCCCAAUCGUCUAGGCGCGCAGGAUAAAUGGACGGUCGACUACGAGCUCGAUGAGAUGGAUGUCAAGCGUGGAAAUGAUAUCCUGCGCAUGUGCAAGCGUAGGAGACGGUUGAUUUUCGAGCGCUCGGAGGAUGAGGAGGGCGUUAAUUCGAGGAAUAAGGAGUAUUUGGCUAGAUUGCAGAAGAUGGCGAAGCAGGGGAGGAUGCAUAGACAGAAGGAGAGGAGGAAGGAUAGACAACAGGGGAUUGUUGUCUAUGAGGAUUUGAGUGGGAGUGGGAAUUGGAAGAAGGAGAAGGGGAAGGGACCUAAUAAGAAGGUGAAGGGGUGA